GGUAGAGGCUGGAGGACAUGUCUAUAUUCAUCAUGUCACCCACUUGGCGGAUAGCCCCAGUCCCAUCUCUGGCGUUUUACGGUUGCAGCCUGCCCUCUUUCAUCGCAAAAGGCUCAGCACCUGCAAGAACGGCUCUUUGUAUCACGAGGAACGGCAGUGCCUCUUCCUCAACAAUGGCGACUAACCCCAAACGCAAGCUGCCCGUGUUGCUCUUUGACGUCAUGGACACCAUUGUUCGCGACCCAUUUUAUCACGAUGUCCCCGCCUUCUUCCGAAUGACCAUGGAGGAAUUGCUAGAAAGCAAGCAUCCAACUGCAUGGAUUGAGUUUGAAAAGGGGAAGAUAAGUGAGGCUGAGUUAGAAAGAAUUUUUUUUAAAGACGGGAGAUCUUUUGAUCUCGAAGGCCUCAAGAACUGUAAAAGAAGAGGAUAUUCUUACAUUGAAGGCGUUGAGAAAUUACUUGGUGUGUUAAAGGCAAAUGGCUAUGAAAUCCAUGCUUUCACAAACUAUCCUAUAUGGUACACAAUGAUUGAAGAGAAGUUGAAACUUUCGAAUUAUUUAUCUUGGACAUUCUGCUCCUGUGUAAUGGGAAAGCGGAAGCCUGAUCGUGAUUUUUACUUGGAUGUUCUGAAACAUCUAGACGUUGAGCCAGCCAGCUGUAUUUUUGUUGAUGACAGACUAAGGAAUGUUGAAGCAGCCAUUGAAGCAGGUAUCAAGGGCCUUCAGUUCAAGAAUGCAGAUGUUUUGCGCAAAGACCUGUUACUUCUGGGUGUUGACAUUCCAACCGGUGAAAGUAGUUAAGAUCUGGCUCAGUGUUCUUAGGCCUGCCGCUUUCGCUCACCCGAAAACAGGGGCAUAUCGUAUGCAUACUCUUUUGCCACAUAACGAGAAAAGUGCAUCUUCUUUUGAAUGAGCUGUUUGGAGGUAUGUAGAGAGGAGGCAAGAAGAGUUUAACGUCGAGCUGUUCAUGUUUCUGCAAAACUUAUCAUCAUAAGAAGAGAUAAAAAUUGUAUCUGGUUAUAUGUGUUCAUGUGUAAGUUUUUUUAAUAGGCUCAGUGUUUUUAUUUAAUAAAAGAUCCAUACAUCAAACAUGUAGUCAUAGUUCCAUAUUACUUCCAUAUUAGACCCUAACAAGUCUUGUUUCAUUUAAAAAAUCCAUUUACAACUAAGGUAUAGUUUC